CCUCACAGGGCAGAUGUUCAGGGAAGGCGAGGAAGGUGAUGCUCCAAUGUCAUAAGCGGACACUUUCCUUCUUGACACUUGAUGGGGCUGAGCCACUUCUUCCCACUCAGUUCCCUCUCCUAACCAACCCGUCCUCCCAGCCCAGCCCUCCAGGGAGAGGGACAAACAAACCAACAAAAAAAACCCUCUUGUUCCCUUAAGUAGCUCGUAUGUGAUUGACUUUUUCAUAACAUAUUAUUAGUCUAGGAACCGCGCAUAUUUACUCCACUGCUUUAUAUUAAUGGAGGUCAAUAGGCUUAAUGAUUUCCUCAGCCAAGUCAUUUAUGCCUAAGCCAAUAGAUAAUGCCUUCGUCAUAGUUUUCUGGGGGGAAAGUAACUGUGCGUUUGUUCCGCAGAUGGCCAACUCCCUCUGAAUCGUGCAGAUUGGUGCUGAGCACGCAACAAAAGUUUGUAGCUUCUCAGUUUCUGGUGCUUCGCAGGGGAGAGGAAAGGACUUUGGCAUUAAACACAAGAAGCAGUCAGGGAACCAUCUCCUUUAACUUUUUCUCUCUGUUACCAUUUGCAAUGAAGAGGAAACAGAAGAGAUUUCUACAGAUGACUUUGUUAUUCAUGGUGGCUUUAAUUUUCCUGCCUAAUAUUGGUCUCUGGUCUCUGUACAAGGAUAAGCACCUGGUGAAGUCUACAGAGCCCGGGGAGCAGCAGACAUUUCCACUGGGCCUGGGAGAUGGGCAAUUCUAUUCAUGGACAGAUGGUUUGAGAAGAAAGGACUGGCAUGACUAUGAGAGCAUUCAGAAAGAGGCUAUGCGCUCAGGGAAAGGUGAGCAUGGGAAACCCUACCCUCUGACUGAGGAGGACCACGAUGACUCAGCUUACAGGGAAAACGGUUUCAAUAUUUUCGUGAGCAACAACAUUGCUCUAGAGCGCUCCUUGCCGGACAUUCGCCAUGCAAACUGUAAGCACAAGAUGUACCUGGAAAGGCUGCCAAACACCAGCAUCAUUAUCCCAUUUCAUAAUGAAGGUUGGACCUCACUCCUGCGAACCAUACACAGUAUAAUUAACCGAACCCCGGAGAGUCUGAUAGCAGAAAUCAUCCUGGUAGAUGACUUCAGUGACAGAGAUCACCUCAAGGAUAAGUUAGAAGAAUACAUGGCCCGAUUUUCCAAGGUGAGGAUCGUUCGCACCAAGAAAAGGGAAGGGCUCAUCCGGACGCGGCUCCUGGGGGCGUCGAUGGCCAGAGGCCAGGUGCUGACCUUCCUGGACUCCCACUGCGAGGUCAACGUGAACUGGCUGCCGCCGCUGCUCGACCAAAUUGCACUAAACCACAAAACCAUCGUGUGUCCCAUGAUCGAUGUCAUUGACCACAAUCACUUUGGGUACGAGGCCCAGGCGGGGGACGCCAUGCGAGGAGCCUUCGACUGGGAAAUGUACUACAAAAGAAUCCCCAUCCCUCCCGAGCUGCAGAGGGCGGAUCCCAGCGACCCUUUCGAGUCUCCUGUUAUGGCUGGAGGUCUCUUUGCUGUGGAUCGAAAAUGGUUUUGGGAAUUAGGUGGCUAUGAUCCAGGUUUAGAAAUCUGGGGAGGAGAACAGUAUGAAAUCUCUUUUAAGGUUUGGAUGUGUGGAGGAGAAAUGUUUGAUGUUCCGUGUUCCAGAGUUGGUCACAUCUACAGAAAGUACGUCCCGUACAAAGUUCCAUCUGGCACCAGCCUGGCGAGAAACCUGAACCGGGUGGCCGAGACCUGGAUGGACGAAUUCGCCGAGUACAUCUACCAGCGCCGGCCGGAGUACAGGCACCUGUCCACCGGGGACAUCUCCGCCCAGAAGGAGCUGCGCAGGCAGCUCAAGUGCAAGGACUUCAAGUGGUUCAUGGCUGCGGUGGCCUGGGACGUGCCCAAGUACUACCCGCCCGUGGAGCCCGCCCCGCGAGGCUGGGGGAAAAUCCGGAACGUGGCGGCCAACCUCUGCGUGGACAGCAAGCACGGCGCCACGGGGACCGAGCUGAGGCUGGACGUCUGCGUCAAGGACGGCUCGGAGAGGACGUGGUCUCACGAACAGCUCUUUACCUUCGGGUGGAGGGAGGACGUCCGGCCCGGCGAGCCCCUGCACACGCGCAAGUUCUGCCUGGACGCGGUCUCGCACAGCAGCGCCGUCACGCUCUACGACUGCCACGGCAUGAAGGGCAACCAGCUCUGGGGGUACCGGAAGGACAGAACAUUAUUUCAUCCCGUGAGCAACAGCUGCAUGGAUUGCAACCCCGCAGAGAAGAAGAUUUUCAUGGCCAGAUGUGACCCUCUAUCUGAGACUCAGCAGUGGGUUUUUGAACACAUUAAUAUGACUGUUUUAGAAAAGUUUAAUCACCAUGCCAGCUCCUAGAAAGAGAGAAGGAAGAAAGAAAGAGUGAUUACCUACAGAUUCUAAACUAAAUUUUAGCCAGUAUCUGGGUCGAAGGAGUCAGGAAUAACAUUUCCUAGAUCCAGGAAGGCUGGUUUAAAGAAUUGUAAAUGCCGUGUCAAAGUAGGUUGUCUUGAAGAACUUCCUGCAUCUGAAGAACUUGGCUGAGAACCUCACCAGCUGCUUCUGAGAACUCGAGACUAGCAGUUCCCUUGCUGGCCAAGGGCAAAGAUUAUCUAGGGACUUCUCAAAACAACUGCUGAGUUAAUAAAUCCUAGCAUUUCUCAGGUCAAA